AUGAAGAGAUCUGCUGCGGAUAGUGACCUGGAGCCUUUUGAGCCGAAUGAGACGCCUGAAUGGCAACAAUUUUUGGAGGAAGAAACACUGAAUCAAUGGAGCAAGAUGAACCAUGGCGCGCUCUCGACGGCGGUUUUGCAGGCAGAGCCAUUUGCGCAGGAGCUGCUUCGGCGAUGGGACUAUCAGUACGUGACUUGCUGGCUGUACAAGGUCACAGAUUCAUUCGUUACGAUGAACUACGUGGAGGGAUUUAAGCCGUUGUGGAGGAAUAUCAAGUUUGAUGAAUUUCUGCUCCUGCAGGAGCUGAGACUGAUUGCAAGAGUGGGAGAGAUCCGGCAGUCCGACAAUAUGCCGCUGUAUGGAAGCAUAAGGUUGCAGAUGUUAAAACUGUUGACCAAUUACAAGGCCAAUCGGCUGGCAGAUUGGGAUAACGUGAUAAAUCAUCAUUUGAACAGAGAUGUGGAAUUUGGAAGACUUUCGCUAGUGGACCAAUUCGAGACUCUUUAUCGAGUGGUGAAGCUUAUUGAGGCAAAGAGUGGCGCUUUCAGAAAUUAUCUGUCGAAUAACUUGGAACUGUUCCACUUUGCGGAGUACCCCUGCGACUCUGAGCGGUCGCUCCUUGUUCUGCCGAACGUCGGGGUCAUUAUCGAGAAGAAACUGACUAGACCCGCUCGCGGAAGUUUAGUAGUACCCGUCAAAUUGAAGAACUGUUCCGUCAGAUACUGGGACGAAUCAACCCGGGUCCUGGAAUUGGUCCAUCUGGACUAUUCAAAUGAGAUCCAAAACUAUCUGAACACGUUCCAAAUAGAGUACACGGUACUAGCCACGACCUGGGAUGCCUUUUUGAAGCAAUUCUCAAAGGAUCCAUCUUUGAUAGAUUUUGCAGACUGGAUACCGGUCUACGUCGAACAUCAGCUGUACGUGAAUAGGAUAUUAUCACACAAGGAGAAGGAAAAAUCGAUGGCGGAGCUGCUAGUUAGACGGAAGAGAUCUUCACGGUUGGUCGCGCGUGAAGAAGAAACCAGACGCAAGGACGUCGAGAACAGAUGGUAUGAGAAACUGGAUGAAAGAGAGUUUUACCUCAAGACCCGAAGCAAGCUCGUCGCCAAGCAAACGAAACGCAUCAAGGACGUCCUUUGGCGUCAACUGUGGCAGAAUUUCGAGCUGGAUUUGAAGGACCAGAAACUUCAAAACGGGCAUCCAGACCAACUUCUUGCUGAUACAGAGGGCCAGGGGGAUGCCCUAACCGAAUUAGAGAUAAGAGUGAUUGAGAGUGGGCCGCGAUUCAGCCCGCGCAUCCUAAGCAUACCGCCCGUGCGAGCCGAGACUGAACCCGCCACCGAGCUACCCUUAGAGCUAACGAUUGACCAAGAUGAGCUCGACGAGCUAAACAGCCUAGGGAUCUCCACCAACGGUGAGUCUGCUGACGACAAAAGCUGGGUGUUCCAAUGCCCCGGAGAGCCGUUGCUGGGCGCAUUGCGAAUCUCCAGCCUGGAGGAAGAAGAGGCCGCCUCGCAGGCCAACCACAAUCUUUUCGCUACGCCGAUUGUGUGCUGCGAUGCGUGUCUGACGUGGCAGCACUGGGAUUGUGUCCAGAACUCAGACUCGGUGCUACACACCACAGCAAGAAACUAUGCGACGGUCCAGCUCGGCAACUACGCCAGCAGCAGACGUGCAAGCCGUAAACACCAGCCCGAAGAACAAGAGUACAGGAGACCCAUCGACAAGCGGGUGCCACUCACCGAGUCCACGCCAUUCAUAUGCGGCUACUGCGCCAGCGAUCUCGAGACGAAGCUCCGCUUGCAGUUCGCUCCAGAACUAAGGGCCAUAAAACAAAGCGCCAGACAACAGGCGGAAGAACGCAACAGACUGAAACAACUCAGGGACGAAAAGAAGAGGCAGCAGGCGCUUCAGGAUCAACUGUCUGCCAUAAAUCCAGAUCCAGUUCAAAAGACGAAUGAGCCGUUUGGGUUCACGUGA